AUGUCCUACACCACUCGCGUCGUCGGCAAGCCCGGAACCCUUGACUACCGUGUUUUCAUCGAGAAGGACGGCAAGGUUAUCUCGCCGUUCCACGAUAUUCCCCUGUUCGCCGAUGAGAAGAACAAAAUUUACAACAUGGUUGUUGAGAUCCCCCGCUGGACCAACGCCAAGAUGGAGAUCAGCAAGGAGGACGCGCUGAACCCCAUCAAGCAGGACACCAAGAAGGGCAAGCUGCGCUUCGUGCGCAACGCCUUCCCCCACCACGGCUACAUCUGGAACUACGGCGCUCUGCCGCAGACCUGGGAGGACCCGAACCAGACCAACGAGGACACCAAGUGCGUCGGCGACAACGACCCCAUCGACGUGUGCGAGAUCGGAGAGGCCAUCGGCUUCACCGGCCAGGUCAAGCAGGUCAAGGUUGUCGGCGUCAUGGCGCUGAUUGACGAGGGCGAGACCGACUGGAAGAUUCUGGCCAUCGACGUCAACGACCCUCUUGCGGCCAAGAUCAACGAUGUCGAGGACAUUGAGCGGUACAUGCCAGGUCUGCUGCACGCGACCAACGAGUGGUUCCGCAUCUACAAGAUCCCUGACGGCAAGCCCGAGAACCAGUUCGCCUUUGGCGGCGAGGCCAAGAACCGCGCCUACGCCACCGAGGUCGUCAAGGAGACCGCCGACGCCUGGAACGAUCUUGUCACCGGCAAGACCAGCCCCGGAGACAUCACCCUCCAGAACGCGUCCCUCGGCAACUCGGCCACCGUCGAGAACACCAACGCCGCUGCUGCCGGCGGCGUGUCGGUGCCCCACCCCGAGGUUGACCAGUCUCUGCACAAGUGGUUCUACAUUUCGGGCGGAUCCAAGAUCUAAACUCACUGUAGCUGCCGCUCUUGAUCUUUCCAAUCCAUUCUAGCUGUCGAUCGGUUUAUAGCAUCGCUUCGCCUUUCUCACUCCCCCACCCUGCGGCUGUUUUGGCAUACCGGGCCCCUUUCAGAACCCACCUGUGCGCCGGCAGGCGUGUCUGAUCAGGCUGCUCGCAUGCUGUGCAAUACUCUGGCUGCAUGCAUGGGAAGGUCUCGGCUCCCGAGCACGCAAUAUUGACAUGAACGGAGAAUACACCCAUGUCUCGACUUUUUAUAUUAGGCUGCAGGUGUAGAGCCAGACGAUGUGGUUGCCUCCUGCCUUGCUGCCACUAAUUGCUUGUUGCCGAGAUGUUUGAAAGCACCAUGAGAGCGCCAG